UCGCACACAGACGCUCGCUGCUGCUCUCGCCAUUGGUCGUUUGAUUACAGAGUGGGUGGGCGCCUUCGUCUCAUUCGAAAGCUCGUGUGUCAGUUGGCAAGCUGGUUUAUCCCAAGGAUUCGUCCUUUCGUUAGCGAGUAGACCGGCCAAGAACGAGACGAUGUCGACCACCUCGCAAAAGCGUCGCAACUUUGUCUCCGAGCCCAUGGGCAACAAGCACGUGUCGACUCUGCCUGGCAUUGGCGAAGCCCUGGGAGAAAGACUGGAAAGGAGGGGAUACGACAAGGCCUCCAAGCUUCUGGGCGAGUUCCUCGUUCACAACAAGGACAAGACGCUUUUCACGGAAACAUUGCAGAAAAACUGUGGCGCCAACCGCAAGCAGGCAUCGGACUGCUACGACGCCUUAAAGGACUGGAGCGAUGCGUUCCUUUGAAGUUAGCCGCAAUACGAAAGGUUUGCGUA